AAGACCUAAGUACGCACUUCCUCUUUCGAGGAGAUGAACUCUCUAUGCAUUUCCCCUUUCGAGGAGAAACAUCUGUUAUGUAUUUCCUCGCUGGAAGUGAACAGUUAACCACAGCAACGAAGAAGGACACCUCUAAACGCACCAGCUUGCACGCAAAGCAUGUGACAAACCACGUGUCAGACCAUGUGACAAGCCGCGGGAAAGAAGAGGAUAAAAGAAGACUGAAGAACAUCGGAGAGCAGUUCCUCUUUGAACCCAGUUCGAACUUGAACUCUCCUGCUUUAGCAAGCCACGGAAGACGAUCGUAUACUUACUCGUAUUGAGGCAAAGAUCUCGGAUAUAAUAUGUAUCUGGGCAAAACGCAUUUCAUUUUUUAUUGAUGUGUGGUGCUAUAACUUGUGAAACUUUAAUAAAACUACCUGUUCACAUUUGUGAGAGGAAACUAAAGUCCAUGUAGCCCUUCUGAUUAUUGUUGGAUAAGUGACAAGUCAGAUGGCAAAGUAACCUGUUCCCACGCAGCUUGAGUCCUGAGUCCAGUUUGAUUCCAGUGUCCUGUUCCUUGGCUGAGGAUCAAUCCCUGACGGAGUCUUGCAGAGACACCAGAGAGAACAAUAGAAGGAAGAUCUGCAGGGAGGCGUACUCCAGUCAGUAUAUCAUCAACAUAAGCUUAACCUCCACAGUUCAUCAGGGGAAAUAAAUAUCUGUCCCUGCUGUGAUACAGAGGGAACAAUACAAGUGUUCACUAAACCAGGAAGCUCAGAAGAAAUAAUACAAAUAGUACAAAGAAAGCAAACUACCUGGAAACCAGAAUGGCAGACAACGAUACACUCUAUGAAGAGAUAUGCAGUGGAAUCAACCCAGACCGGGACCAGUGGGUCCCCAUUGAAGGCGAUGAUGGGAUUGAACCUUGGGACGAGGGAACCAAACAAAUCUGGACCCCAGAGCUCCUGGCAGAAGGAGAACAGGGAUCAUUGCCAUCAUUCCUGUCCUCCCCCCACACCCUUGAAGAAGAGGAUAUCUCCUAUUAUGUCGACAACCUCAUCAUCAACUGGCCAACCUUCCCCGGGCCCUCAGUCACCAAAGUUGUGGACGGACAGCUCGGGGGAAACAAGCCCGAUAGACCCGGGAGCCCCAACCCACCCACGGUACCAACAAAAAUUGACCACUGUGAUGGAGGGACCGAAGGAGGAAAACCAGCAGAAAAAGAUAUUCCAAUACAACUUCAGCCCUUGCAGCCCGGAGAAAAUAGAACAAAGCGAAGAGGUACCCCUCAUCACCCAAAAAAUAAUGGACCUUCAGAUGCAACCCUAUCACCCAGACUUGGACCCCCGUCUCUCCUCGAUCAGGUCAACACACUGGCUCAAUCCACAAGCCAGGUACCAACUGAUGGAGGAAAAAAGAACAGAGGUGGGAAAACCUGUUUUGAAUAUCCGCCGAAAGAAACGAAGAAAUACCCGGGGAAGGUCAAAAGCUCUAACAAAGGUGAGCCACCUAGUAAACGAAUCCAAAUUGAUGGCCCUGGAACCAAGGCCUCAAUACCCAAGACAAUGUAAGACGCCGCAGCUCAACAACUAGAAGAUAUUGGGCAAACCCCCCACAAAGGUGAGAAAACAAGUCACCUCCAAAUUCACAGACAAAACAAAAAAGCAAUGUGACCCAGCGAACGCAAGACGGUGUGCGUCAUGGGCAGGGGAGUAUGUUGCAGGAGAACCCAUAGAAGGAUCACCCAGAGUCCCGCCAGGGUGGGUGGUAGCCACAUGGGGAGGCGACUACUUCAUCUGCCCAAAAGAAAGAUGUCCACCAUACGGAAAAUGGCUGGACAAUGAAGAACCUCCCGUGCAUAUAGAAGUACGGGAUGCCUUGAAACCUCUGCUGAAAAAGGUUUCAGAAGAAAAUGAUUUCCGAAGCCAGAACAACCUUAAAUAUGUUAAAAAACUGUGUUAAAACUCUGAAUGCCAUAGUCAUGUAUUUCCUCGCUGGAAGUGAACAGUUAACCACAGCAACGAAGAAGGACACCUCUAAACGCACCAGCUUGCACGCAAAGCAUGUGACAAACCACGUGUCAGACCAUGUGACAAGCCGCGGGAAAGAAGAGGAUAAAAGAAGACUGACGAACAUCGGAGAGCAGUUCCUCUUUGAACCCAGUUCGAACUUGAACUCUCCUGCUUUAGCAAGCCACGGAAGACGAUCGUAUACUUACUCGUAUUGAGGCAAAGAUCUCGGAUAUAAUAUGUAUCUGGGCAAAACGCAUUUCAUUUUUUAUUGAUGUGUGGUGCUAUAACUUGUGAAACUUUAAUAAAACUACCUGUUCACAUUUGUGAGAGGAAACUAAAGUCCAUGUAGCCCUUCUGAUUAUUGUUGGAUAAGUGACAAGUCAGAUGGCAAAGUAACCUGUUCCCACGCAGCUUGAGUCCUGAGUCCAGUUUGAUUCCAGUGUCCUGUUCCUUGGCUGAGGAUCAAUCCCUGACGGAGUCUUGCAGAGACACCAGAGAGAACAAUAGGUAAGUCGCACCUAAGAUAACUCUGUUGCUGGAUUCUAUGUCAUA